CAUUGCUGGAAGACAAGAACAAGAACGAGAGGAGCCGCGACGGUCAUUUGUAUCGGGGACCAGCAGCCGCAUCUAGCGAAAGCGACAAUGGCCAAGAGUAAGCGCAAGAAGGAGCGCGACGGCGACAAGCAGCCAGCAGCACGGGGCGAUCCGGCGGGCGUCCCUUUCUCUCCGCAAGCUGCAGGGCAGCCCUCGUCGCCGGGCGGCGUCCAGCGCGGCCCCGCGAUUUCGUCGGCGGCACAGGCGGGCUUCCCGUACGUGUGCGGCUCGCCGCCCGUCAUCAGGGCCGGACACCUCGUCUACUCGCCGCCCGUCGUCACGUCGCCCAGGUCACCGCGUAGCGGACCAACGAGCCCCGGCUUCCACGCGGGCAUUCCGCUGAUCGCUGAGCAGUUGCGCCAAAGCCAGCAGGCGGCCAAGAACCGCGUUAUCGUCACCUCGGUCGUGGUGCUGGCCGGCGUGGUGCUCGUCGUGGUGAUCGUGUGGGCCCGACUGUGGCGUGACGACGUCAUGGCCAACCGGGAGCCGCCACCCGUCACCACGCCUAGGGCCCGUACCGAGGGCAGCUGACAACGGGCGAGAGCACUAAGCGGCAACCAUGUGGGGAACGUAUUCGAGGCGCGGCGCGCACUGCACAAUCGCCGCACUGCAUCUUUUUAGCCUGUCCGUACAACGCGUUACGCAAUUCCGCAAUACCGCGGAGGCGUAACCAGACCUAGUGACGCCGGCAACAACGUAAUUAUUAACAUACAGCAGCUACCUUUCACACUAUUUCGACGAGAGCAGCAUAAAAAAAAAGGACACUUUGUGUUUCAACAACCCUCCACAAGAUGUUGUUACUCAACUCUG